CUACGAGAUUCCCAUUAUCUUACAAUAUUCCAUCUUCCCAACCCUACACAACUAUCCCCCGUCCCUACAGCUAUAACAAGCACAAUGGAAGCAACAGAUCAACAACAGCAUCCCAUAACCUGUGUAGCAGCCUGCCACGUCGCACCCCACUUCCUCUCAGCCAAGGAAACUACCCAAAAAGCCAUCUCGCUCAUCCACGAAGCCGCCCGCCACGGGGCACAACUAGUCGUCUUUCCGGAAUCCUACAUCGCAGGCUUCCCCCUCUGGAGUGCCCUGCGCGCCCCAACUGACAACCACGCCUUCUUCGAGCGCAUGGUGGCCGAAUCCAUUACCGUGAAGGACCUCGACGGCCAAACAGGGGAAGAAGUAGCCGCGCUGUGUGCCGCAGCACGCGAGACCCGAACCGUUGUGAGUAUUGGCAUCUCGGAGCGCGCACCCACAAGCACAGCCUGUCUAUAUAAUACCAAUCUCAUCAUCAACACCAACGGAGACAUCCUCGUCCACCACCGCAAGCUCGUGCCCACCUUCUUCGAGAAACUCACCUGGAGUCCCGGCGACGGGCACGGUCUGCGCGUGGCGGAUACCUCAUCCGGGCGCAUCGGCGCCCUCAUCUGCGGCGAGAAUACCAAUCCGCUGGCCCGGUAUGCGCUGAUGUGUCAGCGCCAGCAGAUCCAUAUCUCGAGUUGGCCGUGCGUGUGGCCGACGCGCGUGCUGGCUGGGGAAGAUGAUGAUGAGGAGGGAGAUCGGAACUACGACAAUGUGCUCGCGAACCGGCUACGCGCCGCAGCGCACUGCUUCGAGGCCAAAUGCUUUGGUGUCAUGUGCAGUGCUAUCUUGGAUCAAACGGCUAUUGAGACCUUGCUGGAUGGGGCGCGCGAGCCGGAUCGCUUGCGUCGUGCCCUGGAGGCGUCACCGCGUGGGGUCACUAUGUUCUUGGAUCCUACGGGCGCGCCCGUGCCCGGCUGGACGGUCGAUAAGGAGACGGGAGCGAAGCAAAGUCAGGAGUUUCUGCAGCUUGAGGAGGGCAUUCUCUAUGCGGAUCUGGAUUUGCGGAGGACUGUUGAGGGGAAGCAGUAUCAUGAUGUCGUGGGUGGAUAUCAGCGGUUGGAUGUCUUUGAUCUGCGGGUGAAUCGCUCUCGUAGAGAGCCGGUACAGUUUGUGGAGUAGGUAGAUACUAUUUUAGGACUCAUUUAGUAUCAUGAUAGCGAACUGGGAGUGCGGAGUGUCUCCAAAUACGAAGUGGUUUGGGCGGG